AUGGCUGAGCUGCGAAGGUCGAAGACGACGUUCCGGCGGUCAGGGUCGUCGGGUUUGGUGUGGGACGAGACAUUCUUAGCAUCACGAGAUCACUAUCCGUCUCGGGUCAAGAAUCAUCGGGACGAUGGCCGCAGAUCACCGGAGGAGCUGCAGCAGCAGCGCUCCAAAUCAAGCACAGUAAGCAGACAUGGAAUUAUCUCACCGGUGGUCGACCGCCCGUCUCCUAGUCCUCUAUACUUUUGCUGCCCGUUCCCCGGCAAGAGCAGCUCCACCAAACCACAGAGACCAAGAAGGCGCUAA